CGGGGCAGCUGCAGUUACGUAGCCGCUGGAAGUAUAUCAGCGACGACCGGCCACCUACUGUGUGUUGUAUGUGUGUAUGCUCGCCACCCACUUACUCGCUCGCUCCCACUACCACCUGCUCUAAAAGUCGGCGCGGAUCAUUUGCGGCUCCUGUCGUCACUUGCCGUCCCGGGUCCCUCCCAGUACCUACCUACCUACCUACCUAGGUACCCUCCCUCUCCACCAUGCCGACUUCCCACCACUACGCGGCGCUGGUGUCGCCCUCACCCUCGCCGCCCCCGCACUUCCAUCCCCGGCCACGGAGCAUCAACUCGUCACUGCACCGCGUCCCGAGCAGCCUGAGCAGCUACAGCCGGAGCUCAAGCAGGUGCAGCAGCAGCUCCAGCGACUCCACGCCGCGCGCCAGCGCCAGCGCCAGCGCGACGCUGUCUCCGUACCCGCGCCCGCGCCCGCUCCCAGACCUCCCGGCCCGUCCUGCCUCCACCUCUUCCUCGCUCUACUCCGACGCACCGGAGCCCAUCCUCUGCAUCAUCCGCGAAAUCGACGACCAUCUGAGCGGCUUUGCGCCGCAGCAACAGCAGCACAACAACCACAGCGCCCCACUAUCCGCCCGCCCAACCCUGCGCAAGAAACACUCCCCGCGCAGGGAGUCGCUGCGGGAGCUGCGCAACCGCGACUCCGAGGCUAGCCUGCAGCUGGCGUACGAGCGGCAGCUGGCGAGCUAUCUGGACGGGAGCUGGUUCCGGUCGACGCGGAGGCGGGGCGUGGAUGGCGAGUUGGAGGGGGUGUUGCCGCCUUGAGGUCAGAGCGUGGGGUGCUGGGAUGUGUUUGUUUGUUUGUUGGGACGAGUGUGAGAACGUGUGAGUUGACAUCGUCGCCGCUGAGCUUGCGGGGACUACCUACCUACCAUACCUGCUGGUUGUGCGUGCCGAGCCAUGGCAUACCAGUCCAGACCUGCACGCCAGAGCAAUCCGCCACAAGCCAGGCCGCAAUCCGCCGCAGGAGCAGGCAGGCAAUCAGGUAGCAGGUUUCAGCCGCGCACAGCACGCCCCUGCCCCUCUCUCCGUCACCUGAACAAGGAGAGAGAGAGAACGCCAGGCUCGAAGGCAGCAGUCUGGCACCACCACCACUACCGCCACAGCGCAAGGCGAGGCGCACUGCACUGCACAGUGCUGACGAAGAAGAUGCCAUCUGUUCAGC